UGCUCCGAGACUUCAACCAGUUUUCACUCCUCAGCGGGGUUUUCGUCUGCAGAAUCCCACCGCACCUGCACAGUCUACCGCACAGUUUCCCACCAGACACAGAGUGGCAUGGGCUUAUAGAAUGCUAGAUCCACCCGGCGGAAGAAAAAAGAACUGGACAACUCGCUUCUAUCUCUUCACAUUCUUCAUUUAUUUCUUUCUCCGAAAACAACGUUUGCGCCAACUCUACGUCGUCCUCGUCAUAUUGAGCAUUGUGCUAGGCUUGCAUUACGUAUUUCAGCACUCAUACCUGCAUCACACUCAGCCGGUUGUCGACCCUGGAACGGUUCCUGUGACCAACGACCCCGAAAAUCCUCCAGGCUCGCAUCCACUGAACGCACAGCCCCUUGGACAAUUUCGGAGUCUUCUUACAGCUCAUUCGAAACCGACGCUUCUAUCCUACCGGGACUCGCUGAAUUAGGGAACCUUUUGCGGACCGGGUAACUCUGCAAGCAUGACCAUUGCGCAAGCUGAGCACUUAGAGUGGAAGGAGGGUAUGUAGAGCCUGGGACAGCCUCUUGUUGUCUUCUCCCUGGUUUCAUUCCGCUGUUGCUGGAGAUUCUCUAAUUAUUAUCAAAA